UAGCAAAAAGCAGAGACUUUAUUUCUGCUGUUGUUGCCCUACAUUCUGCAUAGUUGUGUUCAAAUUUGCAAUUUCAGACGUUUUUGUCUAUAGGCAAAUUUUUUUGUUUUUCGUUUCAAACUAAAAAUGCAUUUUAAUUUGAGUGAAUUUAGUGCUGUGCACCGAAAUAUUCAGCAAUUUGGAUUAUUUACAUUGGUGAUUCUUGUGAUUUUCAGCUUUCACAUCACAGAAGCAACCAAUUAUUGUAAUUACUGUGAAAAUCAUGUGGCGUGCCAUAAUAAUGGUGAUUUUGGAAAAAUGUGUUCAGCCGAUAAGCAACUUUUAAAAAUGAGCGCCUCGCAAAAGGAAUAUAUUGUGUCUAUGCAUAAUCGAAUGCGAAACAAAAUUGCGUUGGGCCAAAUUGAUAAAUACAGUUCAGCUGCCAAAAUGCCAUGCUUUCAAUGGAGUGACGAGCUGGCCUAUUUGGCGAAAAUAAAUGCACGGUCUUGUAACUAUGGGCACGAUAAAUGCCGAGCAACAGAAAAGUUCCCGUGGGCGGGUCAGAAUAUUGCACGACGUGGAAACACAAAAGGAUAUGAAAAUACAAAAUCAUCAAUUAAACAUAUGAUCAACGAUUGGUUCGUCGAGUACAAAGAUGCCAAUAUGGGCAUCAUCAAUUCAUACCAUAAUCAUCCAUUGGGGAAAAAGAUCGGUCACUUCACCGUCAUGGUCAGUGAUAAAAAUAAUGCAAUUGGUUGCGCAAUGAUUCGAUACAAGGAAGGUGGUUUUUUCUAUCGGUAUUUGGUCUGUAACUAUGGUUAUACAAAUGUUAUCGGAACGCCGGUAUACACAAAAGGUCCAGCUGGUUCUCGAUGUAAAAAACAGCAUCCAGUUUAUGAAGGACUCUGCUCAGCAGACCAAAUUGUCAUUCCAAUUCCUUAAUAUGCAAUUGUUUUUGGUUUAAAAAUGUUUCACUUGUUGUAAUUUAUUUAUU